AUGAGGGAAGUCGGUAUUUUUUUAUUGCGCGAAGAAAAUUUAGAUUUGGAAAAAGCGGAGGAACUAGUAAGAUUGCAGGAAACGUCUCAUAAAAUGUUGCAAGGGAGAUUAUCUACAAGAAAUAUAUCGACAGUUAAUUUCGGAGUAAUAUGUCAAUUUUGCGGAGAAAUAGAUCAUUCAGCAAAGGAAUGUAGAAGUACUAGGGCAAAUUGGAGGAACGUUCAACGAAACGUCGAAAAAGGCUGUUAUUCUUGUGGCAAACCGGGCCAUUUCGCGAGGGAAUGUCGGACUUUUGGGAGAUCAGAACAAAUAAAUCAGGUAGUAUGUAUUUCCUGCAAACGGACAGGACACUGGUCGAGAGAAUGUCCAACGAAAAAUUGGAGAGAAACCCAAUAUCAUAAUAAUCAUCAUUGUCAAGUGAGUAAAGAGUUAAAGAUCGGAAAUAUCAGGAGAGUUUACCUUGAUCAAAAUAAGUCGGAAGAAAUACCGAAAAAUGAAAUAACGGAAAUUCAGAAGAGUGAAUCUCGCAUUGAGAAGAGGAGCGCGCAAGCGGCCGAAAAAAUAAAUGAUGAUAUUUUGACAAAAGCAAAUGAGGAGAGUUUACCUUGA